GAGCAAUAACAGACAGUUACUCACAUCAAAAUAAGGGAUUCGGUCCAACCUUUCCUCUGACGAAGAUCCUCUGCGCUGAGAGCGUGGAGAAUAGAGUGUACUUAGAAAGAAAAUCACAGGAGUUUGCAAGGAAGGGACCGCGUGAAGGGUGUGAGUGAGAAGGACAGAAAAGAGCCAAUUACAGAGUGCAGGGCAGAUGAGAAGGGGCGGAGCGUGCUGAAAAAGAGCCACACUGGAGAGGAGGACUGCCAGUUUGACUGUGGGCGGGGCUUAGGAAAGAGCUCCUCCCACUUUAGAUGAAGAGAUUGUUGUCACAUGCAGUUAAAGACACGUGGUCUGUCACAACUCUAUUUUUCCACAAAUUGUGGACACAGUUUGUAACAAAAAAACUAAUUUGAUCACCUAAUCUGAACGUCUUUGAGAUGCUCUUUGGAUCAUUUUCAAGUCAUCUGGAACAUGAUCAUCAAGUCUUGCAACAACUUGUCGGCUCUACUCCAACAGCGUCUGCUUCACCUGGAGAAAAACUAGCUCAGAAAAAGCAGACUGACAGCAACAGUGGAGCCAGAAUGGCAUCACAAACUGCUGACAAUGCUCAGGAAAGUAAUCAUGCAAGCAAGAAAAAAGAAAAGGGGGUUGGAACUAAUGGACAUGAUUCACCAAAGGAAAGCAUAAACGUUUUUUGUAAGGAAGAAGAGGGACAAUCAAAAACUCAUCUGCAACAGAGUGCUGAAGAGCAAAGCCACACUUUUAGUUUCAAAUUCAAGAAACAUGCCAAGACUGUGCUUUAUGCUCUUAAUACAAACAAGGUUUUCAGAAACAACAAGGAGAAAGAAAUAGUGAUUCAGAGAUCCAAAGGAGCAGUUCCUGGAGUGGCUGUGAAGACCGAUUUCCCCUGCUGUCUUCUUGAAAAUGAUGAGCUCUUAGAUAUAACCUUCAUCAAAGAUAGUGGAAAUGUUCCUUCAAAGAAAAAAACUGGAAGGCAUUCAUUCUCUAAUGAACCAGAAAACAUAGUAACCUUUAACAUCAAAAAAAAAGGAGGAGAGAAAGUAAAAUGCUUAAUGAAAAACAAUAAGCUGAGGAUGAAGGUUGAUGAUGUUUGUGUGUACGCAUUCAAAGAAGACAAACUGAAGGCUGCUCUGCAACGUGACGGACGAUUCAUCGAUGCCAUAUUCAAGAAACACUGUGCACUUUCUGAGUUCGGGAGCGAGACAAUCCAUGACAUGUCCAGCACUGUAGAGCAUCUUGAUGGAAAGCAUUUUGAAGUCAUUGAUAUCAGUGACAACAACCAGCCAGAUAGCCAAGAUGAGGUCUUGAGUGAUGACAGCACUGAAAUGAAUAAAGCUUCAGCUGCUGAUUUGAAAGAAAAUGUUGAUCCUAAUAAGCAUCAUGCCAACACUGAGCAAGAAGAAACACAAAAGAGAAACACAAUGAAAUCCACAAAUCAUUCAACUAAUUCUUUAAUAAUUCCAGACUCUGAAAAGAUUCUAUCAAUUCUGCAUGAUCAGCAUAAAGAUUUACUGAAGACUUUAAAGGAGAGCGAGAAACUAAAAGACAACUCUCCGGUCCAAAGCUUCAGGGCAGAAUAUGAUAAAAGCGUUCAGAGUUUCUCUGAGGUGAAGAAAGUGAAGAAGCUCACAAGACUCUCUGACUCUGUUUGUCAGAUUGGAGUGGAGGGAUCCGCCAGAGGAACUGGCUUCUUACUGUUUGACAGAUUCAUCCUCACCAAUGCUCAUGUUAUUGGAGAAUUUGACCCUUUCUCCAGGAAGCUUUCAAAGACCUUCACCGCAGUAUUUGGCUAUGAAGAUCUGGAAGCAAAGGAGACCAAGUGUGUGCCGGUUAAAGAACACGUUGCAGCGUACCUUAAUGGAAAGAUCAACAUGGACAGGCAUCUUGACUUUGCUCUUCUUGAACUAAAAGACACUGAUGAAAUUGCUGAUCAUCCUGGAUUGCUCAGUCGAAACAUUCCUGCCUCCCCUUCUAACCGUGGUGGGAUCUGCAUUGUGGGACAUCCCAUUCAUGACAACCAGAUCAUUUAUAGCUCUUGUUUCUUUCAUGGAUCUUCUGGCUCUCCAGUUUUGGAUGAAGACUGCUAUCUGAUUGGCGUUCACACUGGUGGCUAUGCUUACAAAGAAAAUGGUAAAACUAGAAGCAUUAUGGAAUAUGCUUAUUCCCUGCAGCCCAUGCUGGAAAGUAUCAUCACACAAGCCAAGGAAAGUGAGAGAUCUGACAUCUUAAAAUUACUCUCUGAAUAUAGAUCUUUAAAUCUUAACUUGGAAGACACUGAUGUGGACAUGGAAGAUCCACAAAAUCAGGAAGAUUUUACUUGGAAGACACUGAUGUGGACAUGGAAGAUCCACAAAAUCAGGAGUCUGACAUUAAUGACAGCUGAGAUCCCACAGUGUGACAUGAUCAUCAUGUUCAUACAGUCUGACAACUACAAUCCUAAAGGACUUUUUAAAAAUCGCACAGUGUGA